AUGCGCCUCCAUCGGCUGGCGUGGCUGCUCGCGCUGCCGCUGGCGCACGCCAGCGCAGUCGCUGAGAAGCUCUCGGUCGAACGGCAGAGGCUGUAUACGUCGACAGCGGCGUACUGCUCGAACCCGGAUGAGAUCCUGAUCUCGUCGAUGGAUGUCCAAUUUUUCCGCCACAAUUCUUCACUCGAGUUUCAGCUGACGGCGUCGGCACGCCCGAGCAACGUGAGCAUGUCGGCAGACCUGAACCUCUUCGCAUACGGACGCGACAUGUUUAAUAUGAGCAUCGAUCUGUGCCAGAUUGGGGGGGGGUCGCUCUGCCCGGUGCCCCAGUACAACUUUUCAGGGAACGGCAUUUUCAACGUCCCGGAAGAAUACGCGUCGCGCGUGCCAGACAUUGUGUAUAGCGUGCCGGAUAUUGAGGCACUGGGCGUGAUGCGCCUCAUCGAACAGGGCACCAACAACACCGUGGGGUGCAUGCAAGUCACGCUGUCCAACGGCCUCACCGCCCGCUCAGAACGGGUCGUGUGGGCGACGAUGGGCUUUACCAUCGCCGCGGCUGUCGCGAUGGUGUGCGCGACGCUGUACCGUGACUCGCUCUCGUCACUGCGCUGGCGUGUCGUGGACGUGGUGAGCACAUUGCACACGGUCGCUUUUGCAUCGAUGCUCACGCUCAUCAUCCCGCUCGUCUACCACCAGUUCUCGCUGUCGUUCGCAUGGUCGGUCGGCCUGAUCUUUAUCCGCCCGGUCCAGAAUGCGAUCUACAAAACACGCCUGGACGCGCACACAAACGACGACGGGAUUCUCUACUCGGCGCUGAUGAAGGCGUACUACUCGCGCCUCGCCAACCUCUACCCGGCCGCGUCGCUGAACCCAGGCUCCCCGGCCGUCUUCACGGGGUCGUCCAACUCGCUGGGCGACGUCUUUGGCUCGGCACUGGGAAAGCGCGCGCUCUACGCGCCGAAUACGGGGCCGGGCGGCGAGAUGGACUCGGGCGGCUCGUCGCAGUCGGUCGUACUCGCCAGUGACAAUAUCGGCUUCUCGCAGACGGGCAUCUACUACUACUCCGAGUCGCUCGACAUCUCGCCCAACUCGGCCUUCCUCACGGUGCUCGUCAACUGGCUCUUUGUCUUGUGCAUCGCUGUGGUGGUCUUGCUGUUGGUCGGCCUCGUCGCCACGCUCGUCCACAGCAUCGCCCAGGGACGCCGCGUCGAGCAGGGCGCACCGGAAAAGCAGCCCCUCGCGGACGACACGGCCGUCGAAGAGUCGCGCGUCCUCACCGAAGAACGCCACGAGGGCCACACGCUCGGCGGCGAGCCGCUCCUCGAAGCGCCCGCGGCCGCAACGGGUCUCGCGGGCUCGCGCAUGGGACGCGCCGUCAUGCCGUUCCUCAAAUUUACCUUCUUUUACGUGCGCCCGAUCCUGUUCCGCGUCGUGGAAGCUGCGACGCCGCCGCUGCUCGUCUUUAUCCUCUUCCAGUUCGCCCACGCCACGGGAUGGCCGUCGCACGUAUCGGCAGCCUUUAUCCUCGCUGCGCUCGUCCUUGUCUGGGUCGCGAUGCUGGGGCCGAUGUUUAUGCACGUCGCCAAGACACGCGACGCUCACUCGCUCUACUUCGACGAGUACCAAUCCCCAUGGGACACGUAUGGGUCGGCGACACGCGUCGGCACGAUGGCCGAGCCGUACCGGCCCAAGUACUACUGGUUCGCCACCGUGCACCUCGUGUGCCACUUUUUGCGUGCGUGCUUUAUCGCUCUGCCGCAGCGCAACGACCUGGCGAUGCGCCAGACAGUCGGUCUCUUGACCGUGGAUGUGAUCCUCUUUCUCCUGCUCGUCAUCCUCCGCCCGGGCAGGGACAAGUGGACAGACUUUGUCCAGUAUAUCCUCGCACUCUUCCGCAUCGUGUGCUGGGCACUGUGUGUGGUGCUUACGACCGAAGCGAACAUCUGGGGCAUUCCGCGGGCCGUGAUCGGAUUCGUUCUUUUCGCCGCCGUUGGCCUCGCGGUCGUGUUCAUCUUUUUUGUCUUCCUCUGGGACAUUAUCGCAGCGCUCUUUUCGCGGCAGCAACGUUGGACGGGGCGCUACGGGAAACAUGUCCAGAUGGUCGAACACAUGCACGGCGCGCCGUACAGCGAUCGCCCGACGGAGGCUUAUGAGGCGCAGGGAUACUCGGGCGAACGCGAGCACGAUGCCCACGAGCGCCAUGAACCCGAGGACGAUCGCGAUGCCCACGAACCGAGCCACGAGCCAGCAGACGGUCGUGAGGCGCACGAGCCGAGCCACGAGCCAGCAGACGGCCACGAUGCCCACGAGCGCGAAGAGACGCACGUCGGCAACGAGCCGCAAGAGGCACACGUCGGCAACGAGCCGCAAGAGAGCAGCGCCGACGCACACGUCCUCGCGGGCAACGGUCGGAACGAUGCCCUCCCUGUACAGUCCCAGCCAACUUCAGACCAUGCACAAUCUGUACUCAACACCGAGGAUGGCUUGCCUACACUCCCUCGUGCACAGCCGCCUAUUGUUGGAGCAGGGGCAAACCUCUAUUCUAGCUAA